GAGUGGCCUAAGGGUAAGGGUAAACACGACUCCUUUCAGUUGAGUCAACCUCACCGGGCGGGCCUUGUUUGUCCUCCUCUUGCUUCCGAACACUAGUGGAUGUGAAUACGAACAGCAAAUGUGAGGGAGGGAGGACGGACCCUUUGCACCUAAUUGCAUUCUUUGGGAACUCCGCCUGUCCCAUUCGGCCAAUAUUAGCCUUGUGGCGCAGAGCUCCGACGGCUUCCAGAGCUCACCAGCUCCAGCUUCGUGGGUUCUGCCCGGCUGAACGGCCAGUCCCAUAGCCGACAGUCUUGAGUGCCUCCCCUCCAACCCUGCGCCGCCAGAAGGAGGAGGCAGUGGAGAGGCCGCGGCAGGCAGGCGAGCAGGCAGGGCCGGCUUUGAUGUGGGCGCGGCGCACCCAGCCGCGCUGAGCGCCCGUCCGGCCGCGCCCCGAGGGGGGAGCCCCCGGGCCCCGCAUCCUCAUUGUGCCGGCGCGGGCCCGGGCCCGCCCCUGGCCCCCCGCCCCCUCGCCGCCCGCGCGUAGAAAACGCCCCGGCCGCCGCCAGCGGUGGGAGGCGGCGAUGUGCACGGCCGGAGAGACACGGAGGAGGAGACAUGAGCCGGCGGGCGCCCAGACGGAGCGGCCGUGACGCGUUCGCACUGCAGAUGCGCGCCCCAGCCUCGGAGCGCUGACCCCGGUCCCGCCAGCCUCGCGCCCCGGCCGCGGCGCCUCAGCCGCAGUCCCCGCCGUGCAUGCUGCCCCUGGACUGAACCGGCUGCCCACGUCCCGCGAACGCCCAGACGGCCCUCCCGUCCGCCCGCUUCAGUCCAGCUUCCCCGCACCGGCCGGGCGCCUCCCGCACCGCGGUCGCCCCACAGCCCCCGCGCCGGCUCGGAGGGCGCAGCGCUCGGGAGGAGCCGCGCGGGGCGCUGAUGCCGCAGGGCGCGCCGCGGAGCGCCCCGGAGCAGCAGAGUCUGCAGAAGCAGCCGGCGAGGAGGGAGCAGCAGCAGCAGCGGCGGCGGCGGCGGCGGCGGCGGCGGAGGCGCCCGGUCCCGGCCGCGGGGAGCGGACAUGUGCAGGCUGGGCUAGGAGCCGCCGCCUCCCCCCCCGCCCCGCGAUGUAUUCAGCGCCCUCCGCCUGCACUUGCCUGUGUUUACACUUUCUACUGCUGUGCUUCCAGGUUCAGGUGUUGGCAGCCGAGGAGAACGUGGACUUCCGCAUCCAUGUGGAGAACCAGACUCGGGCUCGCGAUGAUGUGAGUCGGAAGCAGCUGCGCUUGUACCAGCUCUACAGCAGGACCAGUGGGAAGCACAUUCAAGUCCUGGGCCGUAGGAUCAGUGCCCGUGGCGAGGACGGGGACAAGUAUGCUCCUAGUGGAGACGGAUACCUUCGGGAGUCAAGUCCGGAUCAAGGGCAAAGAGACAGAGUUCUACCUGUGUAUGAACCGAAAAGGCAAGCUCGUGGGGAAGCCUGAUGGUACUAGCAAGGAGUGCGUGUUCAUUGAGAAGGUUCUGGAAAACAACUACACGGCCCUGAUGUCAGCCAAGUACUCAGGCUGGUACGUGGGCUUCACCAAGAAGGGGCGGCCUCGCAAGGGUCCCAAGACCCGCGAAAACCAGCAAGAUGUGCACUUCAUGAAGCGUUACCCCAAGGGACAGACUGAGCUGCAGAAGCCCUUCAAGUACACCACAGUUACUAAGCGAUCCCGGCGGAUCCGCCCCACUCACCCCGGCUAGGUCCGGUCACACUCACCCCCCCAGAGAACUACGUCAGAGGAAUAUUUUUACAUGAAAAAUAAGGAAAAAAAUCUCUAUUUUUGUACAUUGUGUUUAAAAGAAGACAAAAACUGAACCUAAAAGUCUUGGGGGGAGGGGUGAUAUGAUUCCACUGUUGACCUGAACCCCAUGACGAAGGACUCACACAAGGGGACCACUGUCAACCCACAGGUGCUUGCCUCUCUCUAGGAGGUGACAAUUCAAAACUCAACCCCAGAGGAGGACUUGAACGAGAAAACUGACGCUGCGAGAAACCAAAGUCCUUUCCCCCCCAAAGGUUCUGAAAGCAAACAAAACAAAAACAAAAACAAAAAAAAAAAAAAGGAAAAGUAGUGCCCUACCCCCACCCCCUCCCUGCCCCAGACUCCAACAAGAAUCGCUCUCUGGUUUGCAGUCAUUUAUUUAUUGUCCACUGCAAGCUGUCCCGCGACACCGCGCAGGGAAGGCGCCCCUGAGAAUUCUCCGCGCCUCGACCUUCCGACGACAGACGCCUCGUCCAAUCAUGGUGGCCUGCCUUGCCCGCAGUUCUGGAGGAUGCUGCUAUGGACCUUCCGUGACUCACGUGACCUAGUACACCAAUGAUAAGGGAAUAUUUUAAAACCAGCUAUAUUAUAUAUAUUAUAUAUAUAAGCUAUUUAUUUCACCUCUCUGUAUAUUGCAGUCUCAUGAACCAAGUAUUACUGCCCCAACAAUUAAAAACAACCCACAAAUUAUUUAAAAAAAAAAAAAAAGCAAACCGGUGAAGAGUGUGGUGGCUGGGGACAGGGCUUGGGGCAGGGCCGUCUCUGGUGCUUCCUUUCUCUCGGUGUUUAAUGCUGACUGCUGGGGCCAUUAUCAUGCAUUUGCUUUUCAUUCAACAUGGUGGUUGUGUGUUGGGGCACACUAUUCAAGGCAUUGAGCAGGCAACCUCCCAGCAGAUGGGAAUCGCUGGAGAAAUUAGGUUCCCAGUGUCCCUGAUAAAGCAAUAAACCCAGCCAUUUGUUCACAA